AUGUCGCAAACCACCUUGCCUAUAGACACCUCCCUCGGCCGACUCGACACACUCCCCGGCGAGUUACGCAACCAGAUCUACGGCUACGCACUGGCCUCUGACGGCAAAAUCGGCUUCGAUUGCUACCAAGUCAAAGACGGCACUCUUCGCUUCUGCCACAAGCGACCUCGCAACGGCUCAAGCGAGCUUGCCUUGGCCACCUUCACAAGCUUGUCUCUCACCAGUCGCGCCAUCGCCACAGAGUCUCGUCCUCUUUUCUACGAUACCAAUACCUUCGAGAUUACCUUCGUGGAGGCCAAGCAGGCGAGAGACUGGAGAGGGAGACUGGAAUGGCGGACCGUACAGUAUGGUGUGAGCAGGGAACGAAUUGUCAUGGUUCCUGGUUGGAACUGGAAGACGCCGUUUUGUGCGCCGGGGUUUGCGAUCGAAUGCCUGGCUAAGACCAGGAAGUUGGAGAUGAGGGAUACGCGUACGGUGACGUUGAAUGAUGGCAACAAGAUACCACUACUAGGAUUUGGCACCGCAUCAGAUCGUAAGAAAGUAAAGCAGGCAGUCGCAGCAGCCAUUGAGACUGGCUACCGACACAUUGAUACCGCUUCCGUGUACAACACUGAAGUCGAAGUCGGCGAGGCCAUCAAAGAAUCUGGCAUGCCACGCGAAGACGUCUUCCUGACUACGAAGCUGCAUAAUACAGAUCAUGCGAGAGUGGCCGAGGCUCUUAAGGAGUCGAUGCAAAGGUUGCAAACCAAUUAUGUCGAUCUGUAUCUAAUCCACUGGCCAUGUUCUGUUGAUCCAGAGGACAACAGCAAGGUGCUUCCGCAUUGGGACUAUGUCAAGACCUGGCAAGAGAUGCAGAAGCUGUCGGCCACUGGUAAGGUCAAAAGCAUCUUUGGGCCCAAACACCGCUUAUGGGCUUUCACUAUCUGUCUCAUCGUCCUUCCCGCAUCACUCAUCCUCUGGGGCGUGGGUGCCGCACAUCAGAUCCACUGGUUUGGCCUGAUCGUGGCGAUGUGCGGCACAGCCUUUUGCAACUGCUGCGGCAUCACGCCAAGCGUCAACUUUCUGGUCGACAGCUAUCCUGCUGUCAGUGGCGAUGGGAUGACAACCGUGGUCAUCAUUCGAAAUACCAUGAGUUUCGACCACCCCUUGGCUGAAUGGUCUAGGCACGCAGAACUGCUUCAUCAGUGCUGCGUUCGUCGCGAGGAUAGCGGCUUGUGCUGUGUUCCUGGUCAUGAUAUGGAAGGGGAAGAUGUUGAGGUCGAGGUCGAAGGAGGAGUAUUGGAAAAGAAACAUGUGAGUAUGGGGAUGGUUCAUUGA